AUGGGAUCAUCAAAUUUGAUAUCUGUUCCUCAUACAAAGCUGUCAUUCAUCCUAACAUUGUUCCUAGCCAUCUUCUCAUGCUCAGAAGCAACUCUUGAUCAUGGGCUUCUUCAAGAAACCAACAUAACUCUUUACAUUCAUGAUUACUUUACAGGCCCAAAUGCAACAAACAUCGCCAUUGGUAACCCUCCCGAUGACCACUGGGCUGUCGAUGAUUUCGGCACGAUGUAUUGCAAGGACAGUCCCAUGACUGAGACUGCUGAUCCAGAGUCUGAUUACGUGGGGCGGGCUCAGGGCACUUUUGUGAGUGCAGCCUUGGAUGGCUCAAGUAGCCAAGUAGUGAUGUCACUUGUGUUCGAGACUGACGAAUACCAGGGCAGUACUCUACAGAUACAAGGGGCUGGUUCGCAGAACCACAGGGUUAAAGAGCUGUCCGUAGUGGCUGGCACAGGUGGAUUUCGAUAUGCUAGAGGUUAUGCCACGUCCGAGACUAUUUAUUAUGAUCGGGAAGCUAAUUAUUCAGUUGCUGAGUGGAAUGUUACCAUGGAGCAUUUCAAAUAA